UCUAAUAUUUAUUUCAUGCUCAACGUCAAAGGGUUUACUGGGUUUACUUACGUAGUCUGUUGUUUUGCGUUAUAAAAUUAAAGUGGUCAAAAUAAUUGUUAUUUUUGCCUGAAAAUGGCAGGAUUUACAGAAAGUGCUUUAGUGAAAAAGUUAGUGGACCUUAAUGCAUCACAACAAAGUAUACAGACUUUAUCUCUUUGGUUAAUCCAUCACAGAAAGCAUCACCCGGUUAUAGUGAAAGUUUGGUUUAAAGAAAUGUGUAAAGUUAAGGAUAGUCGUAAAUUAAUGUUCAUGUAUUUGGCGAACGAUGUCAUACAGAAUAGUAAGAAAAAGGGACCAGAAUUUGGUAAAGAGUUUGGAUUAAUGUUACCAAAAGCCUUCGAACAUAUGAAAGGAUUCGACGACAAAACGAGAGACAGACUGAAUAGACUUCUUCAAAUUUGGGAGGAGAGAGGAGUUUACGAUAAAAGUCAAAUACAUGAAUUUAAAACAGCUUUCAAUUCGGCGAUUGAUAAUAAAAAGGAACCUGGCACUCCGCCUUUAAAGAAGAAAAAAUUGGACGUUGAGAAGACAAAAGUUUCGGCAAAGAAAGAGAAAAAGGAGAGGAAAAAAUCGGAGACAGAAAUUGAAGUUGACGGCACCAAAGAAUUACACGUUACUUUAAGUCCAAGAACACCAGGAGGCGAUCCACCGGACACAGAAGAACUUAUCAAGGCUUUAAUGGAUCUGGAAAAUACGGCGUCGUCCGAUGCGGGAGUUCGAGAAAGAAUUGCUUCGUUACCUCCUGAAGUUUCAGAAGUUUCACUAUUAGCCAAUUUGGCUGACAGAGCAGCGGCCGAUGAAUUAAGUGUCGCCGUUAAUGAAGCAGCCGCGCUUUUAGCGGAUUAUAACGGAAGGUUACAGGCCGAAAUGGAAGACAGAAGAAGACUUCUUGCAAUGCUCAAGGAUUACACCCUGGCUCAGAAGCAAUUACUGCAACAGGCGCAAACAACACUAGAAGAUUACAAAGAAAAAUUAAAGAAAGUUUGUUCAGUGCGAGCGGAGGUAAAAUCACACAUUUCGAAUCUUCCCGAUUUAACGCAACUACCAGACGUCACCGGCGGUCUGGCACCUCUUCCUUCAGCUGGCGAUUUAUUCUCAAUGCACUAGGCAAAAAUGAUUGAAUUGAAAAACAUGCUACUUUAUUGGUUUGUUAAACCCCCCUCCCGCCCCCCUAAAGGUAAAUAUAAAAAAAGCGAAGAAAAGAAUUAUUUUUACCUUCAUUGAAAUACACGUCAGAAUCAAAAAUCUGAGCAAAGCGUAGAAAAAAAAGUAAUAGUAAAACCACAAUAUAAUUCUGUUAGUUUUUGUUAUUACACUUCUAUACACUGAUUGACUGCAAAAUUCCUUGUAGGCGUAUACGAACAGAGAGUGUAUGACUGAAAUUAAUUGGAAGUGUGCGAUCCUUACAAAAAAAAACAAUGUUUCAUUAUUGAAGAGAGAGAAAAUUUUCAGUAGUGCAUGCUUUUUUUUGUAUAGUGUUUCUUACUCUGAAAAGAUAUUUAUUUAAUGUCACGAUAUUAAAUUUUGUGACAAAUAAUUGAAUUUCAUUAUAUGUGAAAAAAAAGUUAAUCUAGAUGCAAAUAAGUGAGUUUAAAAAUAAGAAAAUUAUUUUUUUGAAAAUUCCCCCCUUAUAAGAAGAGAAUUUUAUUUUGUCGAUGAUGAAAAAAAUAUUUGUAGCGAGAAUUUAUUUAAGUUGUUAAAAUUGAAAAUAACACUUUGAUUUUUAAUAACCAUUUGAUCCUUGUUGGCAAAAAUGUCGAUCAAAAAAAGACUUCCAUAGUAUAAGUAAAAAAAAAGUUUUACAAAAUUACUUAUUACUUUUAGAAAAAGAAAUCUUCUUCUAAAUUCAGUAUAUUCAAUUUAGCCAACAAUUUUGAAACAAAUCGCUUAUUAAUUAGCUUGACAAAUAUGUUGUCAAGCUGUGUAUAUACUUUUAUAUUAAUAUUAUAUAUUUGAAGGAAAAUUUUUUUUUAAUCAUGAACAAUUUAUAUUAUUGUAUUGGAAUUUUUUUUUUAAUCAUGAACAGGCGUUUAAAAAAACAGUAGAAGCAUGAGGCCCAAAAUAUGUAAAAGAACAAAUAAACCAUGAGUCUGUUAUAAUUUUUAAAUUGUAAACAUUCUGAGAAAGUGAUAUGAAUAAAUGUUUUGCAACGUUACAAUAAA